GAGGUGUUUUCCUUUUCUUUCCCAGCAUGCAAAGAUGUGGCCGCCGUACCUUUGAGUCGAAAGGCCCUAAGGUGUGGGAAGUGCAUGGUGUGUGUCCUGCCUGGGUGUGGCUUUAGGCUCGGGACCAGCUCUCUUCUUCCUUCGCGCUCUGGCUGGCUAGCCUCCCUCUCCCGAAGAGGGAAAGCCAUGAUGACUCGCGACAGCCAACCUGGUGCCACGAGAGGCUUUUAUGCCAUCUGAUCCCUUACUACGGGGAUUCUGAGGAGUUCCUGAUGGAGGCUGCUAGGGAGGCAUAAAAAAAAAAAAGGCUUGCGUGUCCCUUUAAGAAGUGCCAUUGGGUGGCUGCGUCUUUAAAAGGAAGAGGCGGUGGGAAGAAAACUACCUUGAGGUGCUUUUGUUUGUAUGCAUAGGGCUUCUGAACCCAUCUGCAGAAUGAGCAGCACAAUGUCGUGACAUUGGAAUUCUGUGUGCCCUGGAGAUGCGAGACUUCCUCGCAACAGUAGGAGUCACUCAUUUGGAGAAUGCUGGAGCUGCAAGAGGGAAAGGCCCAGUGCAACAACAGAGAGAAGCAAAGAGGAAAAAGGCAAGCAGACCAAGGGCACUGAAGAAAGCACUGGGCAGAAAGUGUUUCAGAACUGCCAGCAGAGGAACUUGACAAGAGUCGGUCAGUGUGUGCAGUAGUGUGCUUAGGAUUUCUGUCAAUGCAUUCCAGUAACCCCAAAGUGAGAAAUUCCCCAUCAGGAAAUGCCCAGAGUAGCCCCAAAUCAAAGCAGGAGGUGAUGGUUCGUCCCCCUACAGUGAUGUCCCCAUCUGGCAAUCCCCAGCUGGACUCUAAAUUCUCUAAUCAGGGUAAACAGGGGGGCUCAACAGGCCAAUCCCAGCCUUCCCCCUGUGACCCCAAGAGUGGGAGUCAUACACCAAAAGUGCUCCCUGGACAAGGUGGAAGCAUGGGGUUAAAGAAUGGGGCCGGCAAUGGUUCAAAAGGGAAAGGAAAGAGAGAGAGGAGCAUUUCAUCAGACUCAUUUGAACAGAGAGAUGCUGGCACUCCUAGUGAUGAAUCUGAAAUCAAAGAUCUUGGCUCUGCUGAUCAUGCAAAAUCACAAGAUUCCCAGCAUACAGCACACUCCAUGGCACCUUCAAAUGCUUCAGCCCCACGUUCUUCCACUCCUUCCCAUGGUCAAGCUGCAAGUUCAGAUCCAGUUAGCAUGCAGAAGCCCCCAUCCAAAGUGGUCUAUGUCUUUUCAACGGAGAUGGCUAAUAAGGCUGCAGAAGCUGUACUCAAGGGGCAAGUGGAAACAAUUGUGUCAUUUCAUAUUCAAAAUAUCCCUAACAAGGCAGAACGAAACGCCAUACCAUUGAAUACGCAGAUCCCACCACUUCGGAUUGAUACAAAGCCUCAAGCUCCAUCACAGCUGCCUACUUCCCAAGAGCAGACUCCUCCCCAGAAUGCCAAAAUGCAGCAGACUCCACCCAUUCCAGUGUCAGCACCAGCAUCCAAACCGACUGGCCCUCCUUGUCCUAUUGAUCAGGACAAUCCUGGCUUAGAAAAUAAAGUUACGUCUGCAGGAAGUCCCACAAACUCUACUCCACUGCAGGCAGAGGGAUUUGGACAAACGUCAACCCCCAAUAAUCGAGCAGUCAGUCCUGUCUCCCAGGGGAGUAAUAGUUCUACUGCAGACCCCAAAGGUCCCAACCAGCAGGUAUCUGGAGGGGACCCACAAAACAUGGGUGAAAAUCCAGAUGGACUCUCCCAAGAACAGCUGGAGCACAGAGAACGUUCACUGCAGACCCUACGAGAUAUUCAGCGUAUGCUUUUCCCAGAUGAGAAGGAGUUUGCUGGAGGCCAGACUGGGGGCCCUCAGCCAAAUUCUGGAACACUGGAUGGUCCCCAAAAGAAACCUGAAGGGCCAAUACAGGCCAUGAUGGCUCAAUCCCAAAGCUUAGGUAAAGGGCCAGGAUCCCGGACAGAAGUAGGGGCUCCCUUUGGCCCCCAGGGGCACAGGGAUAUGCCAUUCUCACCAGAUGAUGUUGGGCCACAGUCUAUAAACUCUCAGUCUGGUCCUAUAGGCCCAGACCAUCGGGAUCACAUGACCCCUGAGCAGGUGGCAUGGCUGAAACUGCAGCAGGAGUUCUAUGAGGAGAAGAGGAGAAAACAAGAACAAGUUGUGCAGCAGUGUUCUUUACAGGACAUGAUGGUUCACCAGCAUGGGCCUCGAGGUCUAGUCAGAGGCCCCCCACCUCCUUACCAGAUGACCCCAGGUGAAGGGUGGGGGCCUGGGGGUCCAGAGCCCUUUUCUGAAAGUAUGGCAAUGCCCCAUUCACUGCCCCCAAGGGGCAUGGCCCCCCAUCCCAAUGUCCCUAGCAGCCAGAUGAGGCUACCUGGGUUUGCUGGAAUGAUAAACCCUGACUUAGAGGGUCCCAAUGUCCAAAACACCACACCUAGACCUGGGCUUUCAGGUGUCCCCUGGCCAGAAGAUGUGCCAAAAAUUUCAGAUGGCCGAAACUUCCCCCCUGGGCAAGGUGUCUUCAGUGGCCCUGGCCGAGGAGAAAGGUUUCCAAACCCCCAGGGCUUGCCUGAGGAUAUAUUUCAGCAGCAGUUAGCUGAAAAACAGCUAGGACUUCCCCCUGGCAUGAGCAUAGAAGGCAUCAGGCCUGGCAUGGAGAUGAACCGAAUGAUUCCCCCUCAGAGACACAUGGAGCCUGGCAAUAACCCUAUCUUCCCACGUAUGCCGGUUGACGGAUCCAUGAGCCCAUCUAGGGGAGACUUCCCAAAAGGGAUGCCACCCCAAAUGGUAGCUGGUAGGGAGCUAGAAUUUGGGAUGGGCCCUGGUAGCAUGAAGGGGGAUGUGAAUCUGAAUGUCAGCAUGAGUUCCAAUCCACCAAUGAUACCUCAAAAAAUGAGGGAAGCUGGAGUGGGCCCAGAGGAAAUGAUGAAAAUGCGCCCAGGUGUCUCAGAAAUGCAUCCCUCUCAGCAGAAAAUGGUGCCCUUGCCGUUUGGUGAACAUCCCCAACAGGACUAUGGAAUGGGCCCUCGACCUUUCCAUCCUAUGCCUCAGGGCCCAGGUGUUGGUCUCCGGAACCACAGAGAGCAAAUAGGGCCUGACCAAAGGACUAACAACCGACUUAGCCACAUGCCACCACUACCUCUGAACCCCUCCAGCAACCCGAACAGCCUCAACACUGCUCCUUCUGGUCAGCGCAACCUUGGACGCAAACCCUUGGAUGUCUCUGUUGGUACCAGCCAGGUUCAUUCUCCGGGCAUAAACCCUCUGAAGUCCCCCACCAUGCGGCAGGUCCAAUCUCCUAUGCUUGGUUCUCCUUCUGGGAACCUCAAGUCUCCCCAGACGCCAUCCCAGCUAGCAGGAAUCCUGGCAGGCCCGACUGCAGCAGCAGCGGCAGCUUCAAUCAAAUCCCCUCCUGUGAUGGGUUCUGCCGCCGCUUCUCCUGUCCAUCUCAAGUCUCCGUCCCUGCCUGCACCUUCUCCUGGAUGGACUUCAUCUCCAAAGCCCCCCUUACAGAGUCCCGGAAUCCCCCCCAACCACAAAACAUCUCUUGCCAUGUCUUCACCAGCCAUGAUGGGGAACGCAGAAUCAGGUGGUGCUCCCCCUCCAACGGUUAGCCAGGCUGCUCCUGUGACUCUUCCUGGAAAUCUUCCUUCUAGCAGUCCAUAUACAAUGCCCCCUGAGCCUACCUUGUCUCAAAACCCUCUCUCCAUUAUGAUGUCCCGGAUGUCCAAGUUUGCAAUGCCCAGCUCGACACCACUUUACCAUGACGCUAUCAAGACUGUAGCUUCCUCAGAUGACGACUCUCCCCCAGCACGUUCCCCAAACUUGCCACCAAUGAACAACCUUUCAGGAAUGGGCAUUAAUCCCCCAAAUCCUCGUGUUUCAGGUCCUAACCAGGCAGGCCCAAUGCCAACUCUUAGCCCAAUGGGAAUGACACAGCCUCUAACUCACAGUAACCAGAUGCCCUCUCCAAACACUAUGGGACCCAGUAUACCUCCUCAUGGGGUCUCUGUGGGACCUGGCCUGAUUCCACACAAUCCAAUGAUGGGCCAUGGUUCCCAAGAUCCACCAAUGGUACCUCAAGGACGCCUGGGCUUCCCACAGGGCUUUCCUCCAGUACAGUCCCCUCCCCAGCAGGUGCCAUUUCCACAUAAUGGACCUAGUGGUGGACAAGGCAAUUUCCCAGCUGGAAUGAGCUUCCAUGGUGAAGGACCACUGGGGCGUCCCACCAGCAUGCCCCAAAGUUCAGCGGAUCCAGCACUUUGCAAGUCUGGAGGUCCUGGGGGACCAGACACUUUCACUGUCCUAGGAAACAACAUGCCUUCAGUUUUUACUGAUCCGGAGCUGCAAGAAGUGAUUCGCCCUGGAGCUACUGGGAUACCAGAAUUUGACCUGUCCAGGAUUAUUCCAUCCGAGAAGCCUAGUCAGACACUACAGUAUUUCCCUCGUGGGGAAGUGCCAGGCCGUAAGCAGCCACAGGGUGUUGGGCCUGGCUUUUCCCACAUGCAGGGGAUGAUGGCAGAACAGAAUCCAAGAAUGGGGCUGGCAUUACCUGGCAUGGGAGGCCCAGGGCCAGUGGGCACACCUGAUAUUCCUCUUGGAACAGCAUCAUCCAUGCCAGGCCAUAACCCCAUGAGACCGCCUGCUUUUCUGCAACAAGGGAUGAUGGGACCUCACCAUCGAAUGAUGUCACCAGCACAAACAGCAAUGCCUGGCCAGCCUACACUGAUGAGUAACACAGUAGGUAUGAUUCCAGGCAAGGACCGUGCUCCUGCUGGGCUAUACAGCCACCCAGGACCUGUGGGUUCGCCUGGUAUGAUGAUGUCAAUGCAGGGCAUGAUAGGACCCCAACAAAACAUCAUGAUUCCCCCACAGAUGAGACCCCGGGGCAUGGCUGCUGACGUAGGAAUGGGAGGAUUUAGCCAAGGCCCUGGCAACCCAGGGAACAUGAUGUUUUAAGCUGCUACAUAAAGACUGGAUGGUUCCAAUCCUUGUUGAGAUGAGAUUCCAGGUCCUGAGGGCUGCCUGAAAGCUCCAGGAGCACAAUUUGGCCAUGCAAUAGGUGAAAACAGACCAGAGGAUGCUUUGGGAAAUCUCGAAUGUAUGGAAAUACCUGAAAACAAAUGAAUUCAUUUUAACAGGUUGUUUUUUUAAGAUUUAUUUUUUAAAAAUUAUUUUUGUGUACUUGGGUAUCCUGUGAUGGCACCUGCUUUGAGAAUCUGUAGCUGUAUUUUGAGAAUUGCCAUUUGUCACAAGUUGCACCAUUCUCUGUAUGUUUACGUCCUUUGGACUGGCUUCUCCCAGGACUCUGUUAUUUUGGGGGGUUAUUUUUGUGUACUGUACUAUAUUGUAAAAGGGAUUUUAGCAGAGACUUUAGUCUUUGGGGUGAGAGGCUGUUUACUUUUAGGUGGAAAAUCCAUCUUCAGAACUUCGGACUAUUUUCCUUCAACUCCAAUGUAUAGAAAAACCAAACUACGACCUCAGAGCAGAGUAUUAAUGAAAAGCACAAAAGGAACUUAAGUUCAGUGAGGGGGAAUCUUUAAAAAAAUAAGUUAAGGACAUAUUUUUCAAAUUAUGGAGUGCUGCUCAGCACUUUUUGUCUCUCCCUCCCACUCUUUAAAAAAAAAAAAGCUUCUUGGUCCUCCCCACCCCUUUACUGUCUCCUCUGGCAGCUGCAAUACAUUGUAUUAUUUUGGGGAGCAUAUCUAGGAGAGCCCUUCUCAUGCUGGGAGUGUUGCCACUUUCAGGAAGAGGCUGGACUUGGACACUGUUACAUUCUACAGUAGUCUUACUGUUUCUUAUUAUCCUUUUUCUUAGAACCCCCCAAGUGACUUUAUUAAUGUGGGAGUGGAACAGACACUAAAAGUUAUCCUGACUUUUUUGUGGCUUUUUUUUUGUUCCCCAGCGUAAAACGUUCUGUGUAACCUCCAUUAAAUUUGGUACAAAACCACUUGCCAGGGCUGUGGUGUCAGAAAAAAUAAAAUAUAUUGUUUCUUACAAAAUGCAUUUUUAUUUCUCUUUUGCCAUAAUCCAGGGUGGUUCCGUUUGCUUCCUAUCUCAGGUUGCCUCUUGCACCUGGGUUAAGAGUGUAUGGAUAAUAUUGAUUUUAUCUGAAAGCAUUUCUGAGUAAAGUUUUGGCUUCCAAUGAGAAGCAUGUUGACACUAGUUGGUACAACUUAAGCCAUGUUCCCAUUAUUACAACAUGAAGCACUUACGGAGGUCCUGCUUUCAUCAUAGAGGUGAACUGAUCCUGACACUGGAAGAAAAGCAGCUGCUCAAACACAAUAAAUGUAUAUGCAGCAGUAGUAGUAGUGUAGGCGUGCCUAAGAGUGCCAAGGAAAGAAGUCAACUUCUGGGUCACGAUAGCUAUAUGUGUUUUGAACUGAGGAGACAAAUUUUUCCUCAUCAUAUCAGUGCAUUCCCAUAUCAGUCCUUGCAGAUAAACAAGUCUCAGAGACCAACAGGUAGCCUUCCCACCACCACUUUUAUAGCAUAGCUGCCCAACUGGGUUGCGGGGAAAAAUCUUGAGAAACCCUCUGUCUUGAAGGAAGCUGCACAGGAAAUACCCAGAAGCAGUGGCCAUCUUUGUCUACAGUAGUGGGGCAAAGUGUGGUCUUAAGGCUAGUUAUGAUACCUCAAAUCUAUUUUUGCAACCCUCUCCCUGCCAAGUGAAUUGACAUCCUCAAUUUUCCAGGAGCAGCAGCUCACCUAUUAAACUAAUUAUAUUAAACACACAAAACCAGCCCCUUCUAUUUUCUUUGUAUCUCCCCCUGCCCCUCUCCUUUUUUUCCCCUUCAAUCCAUAGAGCCUGGAGAGGAUUCCCAGACAGAUUAGUUACAGAAAAACUACCAAAGUUGCCUCCCCCUACAGCAUACAAUAUACAGAAUGAAAUGAGUACUUUUAUAUUUUGUGGUCUUAGUAUAACUUUACUGUUCAUAGGCAGAGCAUCAGCAGAUCUUCUAGAAGUAGCAAAUCUUUAAGACCUUCUACAGGGAGAAAUUUUUAAAAAGGUGAAAAAUAGAAUGUUUUUUAACCUAGUAAUUUUAAGUAAGACUUUUUCUCUGGAGUGGGAAUUCAGAAUGAGACUGUCAUUUGCCAUUUUCUUACCUAGAAAACUCUUCUGGACCUAGCUUUCAUUUCCUGGGAGUGAUUUUGCAAUACAUUACAGUACAGUUACUGCUCUACUGUAUCAAGUAGGUUCAACAUCUGUUUAUAUUGAGGGAGAAAGCAUCACAGGAAUGUGAACUCCUCUAAAUGAACCUACUCAAAGCUGUUACGAGUUUUUUAAUUCAGAUAUUAGGCUUAUGCUUAACUACAUUUCUGAACUUAACCAUGGCUGAGCUGUUUAUUCAGAGUUGUUCAGUGUAAGACCCUUCAGCAUCUUCUCCUUCUGUACAAAACAGAAAUCCUAAACUGGCCUUGUAGGAGUUGUAAUGCUAAAAAGGUAAGGGUUAUACUUCACAAAUAGGCACAAACUUAAGAGAUUAGUGCUACCAUCUUUAGAGGCAGCUGAAGCAUCUGAAAGUUCAUGUGAAUUUGCUGUAACCCCAGACUACAUAGGUAGCAGCUAUUUAGAGUCCCCAGUGAAUAUUCGUCUGCCUUUGACAUUUAACAGCUUUGGAAUUAGUUCUAUUAGCAUUGCCUGCUGCCCUCCCUAACAGCUGUAUGUCUGGCCCUUAACACUAACAAAUGUGCCCAGCUGUUCUUGUAAUUGCUUGUAUCUAGUUUCGUUCCUUCCAAACUUGCAACAGCCAGCAUCUUUACUUUCUUUUGUAUUUCAGCUAACUGUACUAUUCCACAAUGGCUUCUGUUAAAUCAAGUUAUUUUUAACUGUUCUAAAUUCAGCUGUUUAAAGCCACAAUUAUGAUAUUUACUUGCUAGCAACUUGGUGUAGCCAUGCCUACUCUCCAUCCCUUAUACCUAAGGGGACUGUUGAAGGUUUACCAUAAGAGAUGUGUGGAACUCCUAACGGCUAUAGUGCUUAAACAGCAGCAAAUCAGCAUAGCAAUUCUAGAUCCAAAGUAAGUUCCAUGUGUGUUGUUAGUCCUAUCCUUAGUACCAAAACAUUCAGUUUGGAGGUUCAUGACAACAGUUUGAGCCAAAAUCCUAUCCUCUGUAACUACACACAGACAUAGUGGUCCUUGUUGAAGACUACUUUGCAUGCCCUUAUACACAUAGAAGCCCCAUUUUCAACCAGGUAGUCACCAUCUUGCGCAAUUGUGAGCCGGAGAUCAUGCAGGGUAUGUCAAAAGCUACAAAUAAACAGCUGGAAAAUGAAGUGACUACUACUCUGGGCAACCACCACCAGAAUUUGCUAUUGCCAAUGAUGUUCAUCCUCAGCAUGACACAUUUUCAUUCAGUC